GCCCACAGGCCGAGGAUGAGUCACGGGUUCGAGGAAUCGCAUGGCAAGGCUGUGGGCAGGGCUUUUGUCUGCCCUCCUCCUACAUAAGGCCCCCCGAGCCCACACUGCCUCAGCAUCCCUCUUGCUCCAGACCUCAGAGCUACCCACAGCCUCAGCCAUGCAGUGCCUCCUGCUCACCCUGGGCGUGGCCCUGAUCUGUGGCAUCUGGGCCAUCGACAGUCCCCAGACCAUGCAGGACGUGGAGCUCCCAAAGUUGGCAGGGACUUGGCACUCCAUGGCUAUGGCGGCCAGUGACUUCUCCCUCCUGGAGACCAAGGAGGCCCCUCUGAGGAUCUACAUCAGCUCGCUGCAGCCUACUCCCGAGGGCAACCUGGAGAUUGCCCUGUGCAGAUGGUCACAGAAACAAAGCCCUUUCAGGGAGAGCAACCAAUGCGUUGAGGAGAAGAUCAUUGCAGAGAAAACCGAGAACCCCAUCGAGUUCAAGAUCAACUAUCUGGAUGAGAACAGGAUCUACCUGUUCAACACCGACGGCAGCAAAUAUUUGUUCCUCUGCCUGGAGAGCACCCCCAGGCAGAACCUGGCCUGCCAGUACCUGGCCAGGACCCCGGAGGUGGACGACAAGGUCAUGGCGGAAUUCAUCAGCUUUCUCAAGACUCUGCCCGUGCACAUGCAGAUCUUCCUGGACGUGACCCAGGCAGAAGAACAGUGCCGCGUCUAGAUAAGCUCCUGCUCGGUCCUGCCUCCUGGGUCCCGGAGCCUCGGCCCCUGUGCGGACGGAGAGGAUGUCGCCUUCCUGGGAGGGACAAGGAGGCUGAUGACCAAGGCACAUUUCCUGGGACCCUGGGACCUCCUGGGCCUCAGCCUGGGGUCUCCUGUCCUAAGCUGUCCCUCUUUGAGCAAUAAAUA